GUAGAGUAUGAGUCUUUAAAUCCCCAUAUACCAGUUACAUUUAAAGUACUGACAGAAUCUGCCACAUUUGACAUUGACGUCGAUGGAAUCAUCUCAACAAAAACCGAACUGGACUAUGAAUCCCAGAAUAAUUACAUCCUAAAUAUUUCCUUGUCAGAUGGAAAUGCUACUGACUAUGCUACAGUGUUUAUCAAAGUUACAGAUGUCAAUGAUAACAGUCCUGUGUUUGAUAUAACCAGCACCACCAUCAACAUUCUGGAGAACACACCAGCUGGAACUAGUAUUACCAGUGUGUCAGCUACAGAUGUGGAUGAGGGCUUUAAUGGAAUUGUGGUUUAUACUUUGAAAGGUGGAGAAGGAAAAAUGGAUAUUAACACCUCAGGAAUAAUUUUGCUGGAAAAGGAACUGGACAGAGAAAAACAAGGCUUCUAUAACGUAACAGUGAUUGCCAGUGACCAAGGCCAACCUGCGUUGUCUACAGCUCUUAAUUUCACAAUCGUCAUUGACGAUGUGAAUGACAACCCUCCAGCCUUCUCAUCAAGUAGAUAUGAAGUGAGUGUCCCUGAAGACGAAGUGCUUGGAAGGGCACUUCUGACAGUAUCUGCUACUGAUUUGGAUGCUGGGGCCAAUGCCCUGGUGAAAUACAGAAUUGUUAGCCAGCAACCUCCGACCUCCUCACCGGUGUUUCUCGUCAAUUUGACCACGGGCCAGGUCAGCCUGAGCCAGCAGUUGGAUUAUGAAACCAUAAAGCAAUUUGAAGUAGAAGUGGAGGCAUCAGAUGGAGGGCAGCCGAGUCUCAGGGCUACAACGCGUGUUGUUGUGCAUGUACUAGAUGUCAACGAUAACCCACCAGAAUUUAAUCGGGCAGCUUAUGAUAUAUUUGUGUUUGAAAACCUACAAAAGGGUAGUCCUAUCUACACAUUCAGUGUUACUGACAAGGACGAGGCUGGCUUUUCUCAGGGACAUUUUAUUCAUAAUAGUACUUCAUUUACUGUGGAUAUGCCUGGAAUACUUUCAUUAAGGAAUGACACAGAACUGGACAGGGAGACUACAUCCGGAUUCACUUUACAAGUAUGGGCAGUUGAUACCGAAAUGAAUGGGCUUAAUUCAAGUGCCUUGUUCCACAUCACUGUUCUGGAUGUCAAUGAUAAUAACCCCGAGUUUCAGAUGCAACCAUAUGGUUUUGUGAUUCUGGAAGGAGAUUACAUGUUGGGUGCUUCUGCUAGAGUUGGACAUGUGACUGCUACUGAUUUGGAUGAGGGAGAGAAUGCACGGAUUACUUAUUACUUAUCAGCUGAGGAUGGGGAUAAUCCAUAUAGCAUCCUACAGGAUGGAACCGUUUUGGUUACUGGCUAUGUAGACCGAGAAACUAAAGAGAAGUAUGACCUGCUGGUGGUGGCAUCUGAUAACGGAGUACCUCAAAGGCAGAAUUUCACAUAUGUCAGCAUUCAAGUAUUAGAUGUGAAUGAUAACCCUCCUCAGUUUACGAAUGCACAAUACUCUGCCAAUGUACGUGUAGCAACAGCAAAGGAAGGAGUGUCUGUACUAUCUGUGUCUGCUACUGACCUUGACACUGGGAACAAUGCUGUUAUUUCAUACAGCCUCAUGAACCAUUCUGAUGAUUUCCAUAUGAAUAACUGCACUGGAGAAAUCACACUCAGCAGUAACUUGGAUCAUAUCACAGCUGACACAGUUGUUACACUGGUAGUUAUUGCUACUGAUCAUGGAGUUCCUCAGCUUACAUCCAACGCCUCUGUUACUCUCUACUUGCUGGUAAAUGACACUAGCUUUGGACUGGCUUUUGAUAGCUCCAGCUACGAGUUCAGCAUUCAAGAAAAUGAACCGUCAGGGACUGCUGUUGGCUCUGUGAAGGCUCUGACUGGAAGCAUAGCUGUACAAAUAGUGUAUUCUCUGAAAUCUCAUACGGACAAGUUCUCUGUUGGUGACCAAGGAGACAUUGUGGCUCUGGCCAUGCUGGAUCGAGAAGACAAUGACGUAUACAGUAUCAUUGUAGAAGCUGUUGAUUCUGUGGUGCCACCCAAUACAGCUGUUGCUUUGGUAACUGUGAGAGUUAAUGACAUCAACGACAAUCCUCCAGUUUUCUCGACAUUGAUUCAAACUAACCUAUCAGCUCCUGAGAACGCAGCCAGUCUAGACUUGGGUGUAUUUUCUGCUACUGAUCUGGAUAUAGGAGUUAAUGCGCUUAUAAGCUACUCUCUGCAAGACGAUUUUGCUGGAUUGUUCCAUAUUAACAGUUCCACUGGCAAGCUGAUGACAAAAAAAUCAUUAGACAGAGAGGUGAUGGACAGCUAUGAAUUGAAAAUAAUAGCCAGUGAUUCUGGCAAACCAUCGCAAUCUGCAAGCUUAGCUCUAAGCAUCACUGUAGAAGAUGUGAAUGAUAACCCACCAGUGCUCCCCCAGAAAUCGUACUCAGUGACUGUAAAAGAGAAUGAGCCUCCACAUGUGAUUUUGAGUGCAGCAGCCACGGAUGAAGAUACAGGCUACAAUGCCAUUAUUCAUUACACCAUAAUUGGAGAGACUUCUUCAUUUCAUGUUGGUGAACUUUCUGGAAAUAUUACAACUCUUCAGCCUCUGGACUAUGAAAGUCAUUCCCAGUAUACAUUUAUCCUGAAGGCUUUCAAUCCUGGAGAGCCGUAUCUUCAGGACACAGCAAACAUUACAGUUACCGUGGAAGAUGUUAACGAAGAAGGACCCGUAUUUGACAAGCCCUCAUAUUACCAGAUCCUUCCAGACAAUUCCACAGCUGGCACACUGGUAGUAGAUAUCAAUGCAACAGAUGAAAGCAAGGGUUAUGAUGAAGGCAUUUUCUACAGUAUUUCAGGUGGAAACUCAGAAGGCCUCUUUAAUCUUUCCACUAACACAGGAGUACUCACGUUAACAAGAGAUUUAUCCAAACAGACUGUUCCCCUGUAUUACUCCUUGACAGUCACUGCUAUGGAUUCAGGUCUGCCACCUCUUUCAACUUCUGUAAAGGUGUCAGUGAUGAUAGCUCCCAUCGACAUCUCAUUCCCAGUGUUCUCUGAAGCGGUGUAUCAGCCUGCCCCUCUGAGUGAGAAGACGCUGCCAAAUACAUUUGUUGUACAGAUCAGCGUGUCGUAUAAGGUCCCUGUGGUAUACAGUAUUGUCCCCGGAGAUGAAAAGGGGUAUUUCACUAUCGAUUCAUUCACUGGUGUCAUAAGAACAAGAAAGAACUUGAAACCGGAAGAUUUUCCAGUAAUUUUCAGUGUGCGGGCAACAGAUUCAUCUCAUGCCAGCAUAUUUAAUGAAGCUUUUGUGAAUGUGGAAGUUAUUGACGAAAAUGAUUUCCCUCCAGUUUUCCCAUACUCUUUACUAGAAGAAAGAUUGGAAGAGAAUUUACCUGCUACUCAGAUCAUCCAGCUGAAAGCUCAGGAUAAUGAUACGGGUAGAAAUGGUUUGCUAACAUAUGGUAUUCUUAGUGGAGACAGACUAAAAUUCCGGAUAGAUGAAGCAACUGGAAUUCUUUAUUCCACUGCCUCCUUUGAUUAUGAAGAGGAACCUACAGAGUAUCAGGUUGUGAUAUAUGCUGAAGAUGAUGGAAUCCCUGAGAAGAAACGAGGUUACUGCACAGUUGUCAUAAAGAUCGUUGAUGUUAAUGACUGGUCACCUCUCUUUGAUCCAGUGACUGAAUUCAGUGUGAAUGAAAAUGCGCCUGUGGGAUUCAUAGUUGGAAAAAUCACAGCAACGGACAGAGACACUGGAGACAAUGCCUUUGUUCUAUAUAGCCUUACAGGUGGUGGAGGAAAUAUAUUUGAAAUAGAUGAAAUACAUGGCAACAUUAAGAUAAAGACCUCUCCGGACUAUGAAACCAUGAAUAAAUACAACCUCACAGUGAAUGCAGUCAACAAUAAAUCUGCCCCUUUCCAUCAGGCAACUACUCAUGUCACUGUUCUAGUGAUUGAUGUGAAUGAUAAUGCUCCAGUAUUUGCUCAGAAUUCCUAUUCCGCUUCCAUAAACAUGAUUAAUCCUGUAGGUGCUCAUGUCAUAACUGUGAGCGCUACCGACAAAGAUCAG